AAUCUCAUUUAUUUGUUAAGAGGGUAUCUAGGACCAGGUGGUUUGCACGAAAACGCCGAAUUUUUCAAUUGUACAGGAGGGGCAAGUGGCCACAUUGACCGUUCUAUUCUUGGUGAUCAUAUGUAUCAAAAAGCUGAAGUAAAGGAAAUAUACCAAUCAAAAAAUGUAGAACCAGAAGGGUUGUUAGGGUUCUUUACUUCCAUAUUACAUGUUGUAAUAGGGGCACAAGCCGGGGUAACUUUACAAACGUUUAAGGAUCAUACUGAACGCCUUAAACGGUGGUUUUCAUGGGGUGCAAUUUUAGCAUUUAUUGGAGGAGGUCUCUGUGGAUUCAGCAAAGAAGGAGGCUUAAUUCCGAUCAAUAAACAGCUCUGGUCAACGUCCUUUGUUUUUGUAACUUGUGGUUCAUCUUUCCUUCUGCUUUGUACUUUGUACUUUCUAAUAGACGUAAAAAAAGUAUGGAAUGGGAAACCGUUUUCCUUUUGUGGCAUGAACGCAAUAUUAUUGUACGUGGGACAUAAUCUAAGUUACAGUAUUUUUCCGAUACGAUGGAUACCACCAGGAGGACUUAACAAUUAUUUUAUAACAUUAACAGAAAACGUAUGGGGUGUUUCAAUGUGGAUUUUGGUAGCAUACUGUUGCUAUAAAAUGAAAUAUUUUUUAACUGUGUAAAAAUAUUGGAAACUAACUACUUCUAUUGAAAUAAACACAUGAUUCCUUUAAACCUUAAACAUAAAUAUUCAUUUAUUUGCAUAAUAGUUAUUGUAAAUAAAUGAAAUAAAAAAAAUGACUAAAAUGAUGACAAACUAAUAACGGGUUGCUUUUUUAAAUAAAUUCAAUAGAUCUUCCCUUAUUCUUAUAAAUAUUAUACACUCUCUUAAACCAUGAUUCAAAAGGCAUUUCUUUUAAUGUUUAAAGUAUAUAUAUAUA